AUGGGCACUAUCACCUACGACCAGCAACCAUUUAAUCUAGAUCGAUGUAACAGCAAACGCCUAUACCAAAUCGUUAUCGAUAAUAUUGUACAAAAUGAUAUUGAAUCAACGAAACGCAAAAUCCAGAUUUUAAGUCAACAAGCAUUCGGCAACCUAUAUAACGUGAUUUGUGGAACGGGCUUUUUUAGUUACAUCGUUCAUACCGAUGAAUAUUGCUUGAUAUCCUUCAACCACAUCAAUUGUUACGUCUUUUCAUUGCUUUGCAGCUCAUCUGAUAAUGCGAAAACGAUUUUUUCCAAAAUAAAAAAACUAAAUAAAAACUGA